UGCGCUCUUCCUUCUGGUCUCUCGGGCGCUCAGUCGGGUGGAGUCAGUAUUUCAGUUUCUGUGUAUCCUGCGGAGGAUUUAGAAAAUCACAUUUUUGUAGUUUACCGUGUUACAUAUCGAAAUACGAAAGUAGUGAAUUAGACAGUCGACAUGACGACGACAAAAACAUUUCAAGGGAUGGAUCCCGGUGCGAAAAGCAGUUCCAGGGUGCUGCGGCCGCCGGGCGGGGCCUCCAACAUAUCGUUCGGCACAGACGAAACCCCCCCUGUACGCAAGAACAAAAUGGGCUCCAACAUUUUCCUAGAGCCCGACGAUCCCCACGCCCAUCGGAGGAGCAACCCACCCGGCGGGACGGCCAAGGGUACUCUGUGCGGAGAACCAUCCGCCCCCCUUAGACGGUGCCAGCAGCCGCUCCUCUUCCCCAAAAACAAUGAGACAGACGAGGUCAUCACCUCCAUCAACGUUCCUUUAGGGGUUGAGGAGUGCCAGCAGGCAAGCAAUGUGUGA